UUCUGGGUUCUACAAAGAGGAACGAACAGAUGGGCAAGCAGAUGGACGUUUCUGUCAUUUCCCCUAUGCUCCCUUUUCUGUACCUUGAUCUUUUCAGGAGAGCACUCUUUUGAGUAUGGAAGUGGAACCUCGCUAAAGACCCUGUGUUUUUGUGUCUGGUGCUUCUUGGAGCAGUUCUCAGAAACGUGCAGCAGUUAGGAGCUUGUUUACUUCGAUUUCUUGAGGCCCCUGGGACCGCGGAGUGUAGUCUCUUCUGCCUCAGAAUUCGUUUGCUCAUGAAACCAAAUAUUAGUUAGAAGUGGAGAUUCCGGUAGUAUGUGGAGUGGGGAGGUGUGGCAACAGUUUCCCCCCAAAUUUGAACAUUGGUUUGAUAAUUUGGUGACCCCUUUCCUGGACUUCCGUGGUGGCUCAGCUGGUAUAAAGAAUCUGCCCACAAUGCAGGACACCUGGGUUCGAUUCCUGGGUUGGGAGGAUCCCCUGGAGAUGAGAAAGUCUACCCACUCCAGUAUUCUGGGCUGGAGAUUUCCAUGGACCGUAUACCAUGGGGUCGCAGUCAGACACGACUGAGCGACUUUUACUUCCCUUCCUCCUAUUACACAGCUGCUUGAGAACCACUGCGCUUCACCCUGAGGGGAGCUGGCGUUCUGGGGAAAACUACUGAGUCAGUUCCCUUUUACCAAAAAUGUUUUACUACCGGUUUAAUACCUUUGGUCUAGUUAAUUGGUUUCAUAAGGUAGGUAAUAUUGGGGUUUGAAAAAUAUAUGAAGAGGCAAACCAUUGAGAGUUUUUUUUUUUUAACUAUUUGUAUGUAAAAAAUGCUAUGUUGCUGUUAACUUUUUAAGAGGUACAAACUACCUUGAAUCCCACUACCUGGAGUUAGGUGUGUUGAUCUUUCCUUGUGCUUUGUGUGUGCAGUCAGACAGUGUGUGCGGCCUGUAUGCUUGAUCUAAUUUUCCUUUUUCUAUUAGCUUCCCAUAUAUUUCCAAUGACUAAUGUCUAAUUACUUCACUAUUGGACAGUUGGCAGUUUCUACUUAUUUGCAGUGAAUGUUGCAUGUAUCUUUGAGCCACUGAUUAUUUCUCUCCCUGAUGAAUGCUUAACAAUGGAACUGGGUGAAUGAAUGAUGUAACUUAAAUAUUACAGUGAAAAUGUAUUUUAGCAGAUAGUAAUGGUCAAGGUCAUUCGUUUUUGUUACAUGGCUGUUUUUCCCUUGAACAAGCAAGCUAUUUCUGCUGUCACUCUUCUGGCUUAAAUGCUAAACCUGACAGCCCCCAGGUUUUAGGUAUUAUUGGAACAGAAGUGAAGAACAAACAGAUCCAAGAGUUCAGAUGAGCUCAGUUAGUGAUUUGACCCCAACAACCAGAUUUAUUUUGGUUGUUAUGUCUGCAUCUGGCUCCAGCUGCUAAAAGUUUGAAGCUCUGUUGUAGUGUGGCAAUAGCUUUCAAAUGACAGACAUGAUCUCUAAGAAAAUCUCAGAGGCAAAUUAUAAAAAGUAUGGCAUUCCAGAAGUGACAAACGGAGGGCAACAUAUUACUGAAAUAAUUGUGAAACAAAACUUGGGUUAGAACUUUGCAUGGGAUAUCGUGCUAUUAUUGAGCAUCUAUUAAAAAACAUUUAACAUGGUUAGUGGAAUUACUGUAUUCCUUUAGUAACAAAGGUUAUCUUGCUCUUCCUUCAUGUAGGAUUGUGUGUAAAGGCCAGGUUUUUGUUCAUUCCCUUUGGCUCUCAUUUAGGUGCGGAGAGUAUGUGUGCAGAGUAUGAUUGGAAGCAGAAUCAUAACCUAGGUUUGAGAUUGCCUUUGGAAAAUAUUUAAGGGAAAAUAAGGUCAAGUUCACAAAUUUCCAAAAGUCUUUAAUAGAUAGGGUGGAUCUCUUUGUAUUUAUUCCCGAGGUUGUCAUAUCAUGGCUGAAAAUGACGCAGACAGAAUCCAGACUGAGAAACUCCUAAAGAGAGUACAGGAACUGGAGCAGGAGGUAAAGCGACUUAAAAAAGAACAGGCCACGAACAAGGACUCAAACAUUCGAGAGAAUUCUUCAGGAGCUGGGGGGAAAGCUAAGCGUGCCUUUGAUUUCAGUGCUCACGGUCAAAGACAUGUAGCUCUAAAGAUCGCCUAUCUGGGCUGGGGAUAUCAGGGCUUUGCCAGUCAGGAAAACACAAGCAAUACAAUUGAAGAGAAACUGUUUGAGGCUCUAACCAAGACUCGACUGGUAGAAAACAGGCAGACAUCCAACUAUCACCGGUGUGGGCGAACAGACAAAGGAGUUAGUGCCUUUGGACAGGUGAUUUCUCUUGACCUACGUUCUCACUUUCCAAAGGGCAGGGAUUCUGAGGAUCUUAACUUAAAAGACGAAGUCAAUGAUGUGGCUACAGAGAUCCGUUAUACCCACAUUCUCAACCGGGUAUUGCCUCCAGACAUCCGAGUGCUGGCCUGGGCUCCCGUAGAAACUAGCUUCAGUGCUAGGUUCAGCUGUCUUGAGCGGACCUACCGCUAUUUUUUCCCUUGUGCUAACUUAGACAUUGUAACCAUGAACUAUGCAGCUCAGAAGUAUGUUGGCACACAUGAUUUUAGGAACUUAUGUAAAAUGGACGUAGCCAAUGGGGUGAUUAAUUUUCAGAGGACCAUCCUGUCUGCUCAAGUACAGCGAGUGGGCCAGAACCUGGCCGAGGAGGGAUGGCAAGAACCCUUUCAGUUAUGCCAGUUUGAAGUGACUGGUCAGGCGUUCCUUUAUCAUCAAGUCCGCUGUAUGAUGGCUAUUCUUUUUCUGAUUGGCCAAGGAAUGGAGAAGCCAGAGGUUAUUGAUGAGCUGCUGAACAUAGAGAAAAAUCCCCAGAAGCCUCAAUAUAGCAUGGCUGUGGAAUAUCCUUUAGUCUUGUAUGACUGUAAGUUUGAAAAUAUUAAGUGGAUCUAUGACCGGGAAGUUCAGGAGUUCAAUGUUACCCACCUUCAGCAACUAUGGGCUAAUCAUGCUGUGAAAACUCAGAUGUUGUAUAGUAUGCUGCAAGGACUGGACUCUGUUGCACUGCCCUGUGGAACAGGACCAAAGAUGGAUGGAAUGAUAGAAUGGAGAAAUGUUAAGCCCUCUGUCAUGAAGCAGACCAGUGCCUUUGUAGAAGGAGUGAAAAUGCGCACUUAUAAGCCCCUAAUGGAUCGUCCUAAAUGCCAAGGAUUAGAAUCCCGGAUCGAGCAUUUUGUACGUAGGGGACGCAUUGAACACCCACAUUUAUCCCAUGAGGAAGAAACAAAAGCCAAAAGGGACUGUAGUGACACACUAGAGGAAGAAAAUACUGUUUUUGAGAAGCCAACGAAGAGAAUUUGUGUUGAUGCAAAACUUAAAAGCAUCAUUUAACCACAGAAAACUCACCAAGAUCCAGGAGGCAACAAAGCACCAUUAGGCUACAGAAGUUUUUUUUAUAAAAAUUGACCUGUUUU